AUGAGUGGCAAGAUCAAACGAUUGCCGAUGCCGGCUGGGUUGAUGUUGUGCUUGUGUCUGUCGCGAGCCCAGCAGCUGCCCUCGUCGCCGCUGUCGGCAGUGAGCCAUGCGCUGGUCUGCGCGGCUGUGGCACGUCGCAGUGACGACAACUGCACUUGCCUUGUUGUGGACCUAUCGCGUGUUGAGCUGUCCAGCGUGCCCGAGCAAGGGAAGCGGCAGCGGCCUCCGGUCUUGGAGGUGCCUGGCCCUGACCUCGCCGAGCAAGUCCCGUAUUGGAAACAAAAGCCAGAUGAUUAUCGCCGGGAUGGCGAUGUGCAGCAUGCCAGGUUUGGUCACUCUCUGCCCACCGCCGAGAAGUCCACUCCAGAGGGUGCGCAUCGUGCGAGGCACGCAGACGGGCCACGCGAGGACUCAGAACAGACGUCGCUGCCUCCAUCAUCUCCGGCCACAGCUGACGAGGUUUGCUGGUGCCCGUGGUGUUGCGGCAUGAGCCAGGAAGGCAAGCCGGAGAACCUCAUCCUGGGAUCCUUCGAGAGGUGGAGGUUGCACAUGCAUGAGCAUCACUUUGACAAACUCGGGCUCGCCUAUGCGGCCGACGAGAUCGUCCCCUGCUACUGGUGUUGCAGACCGUGCGUCACAAAGAAGGGCCAGCUCAAGAGCGGGAACCGCUUGCCCUUCUGGGGAUCCCACGAGCGUGUCUGCAGAGAGAACCCGAGCAAGCCCGUACUCCCCGGCCAGGCUCGCAGCUCCGAGGGGUCGCAGACCUCCAGCGGGGAGUGGCACUGGGGAAGGAGCCAGGCCCGGAGACCGGGCCUCCGAAAAGACACCAGCGGCGUGGGAGCGACAUCUCCUUCUCUGGCGUACCGCGAUCUGCGGGACUCGUACGACCUCCGGGAACUGCGCCAGUCUCUGCCGGGUGCGGCUGUCGGAGGUGAUGAAAUUGGGCGGAUGGGCUAUGACGCCCGCCGUCCACCUCAUCUGCCGAAAGGCAGUGCAGAGCACCUCAGCGAGCGUCGAGCGCCGCGGCCCAUGGAGGCCCGCCGUGCCACUGCGGCGACUGAGAGAGCAGAUGCCGAAGAGGCGGUGUCUGCGAAUCCGGUGCAAGGACCCAGAAGAAGUCAUGUCAGACCCAGGCGUGCUCUCUGA